CGUGUCUUCACAGCACUCGCUGGGUCGCCAGGGUAUAAAUUCCUGGCAGCUUUAUUAUCCACUUCAUCUAACUCCACACUAACACCACCCUCACUAACAAGACCUUUUUAUAUUGACGAGUAGAACAACGAGAGGUCGGACUCCCAACAAUGAACAGUCAGUCAGCCAUCAACAAAGACGUCUUCAUCCCCGGUGAUGAGCGGAUGCUGGUGGCGGUGGAGGUGCGCAGGAGGAAAAAGAAGAGGAUGUCUUUCCUGUCCCACGUAUCCAAAGGAGAAUAUGCAACUUUCAUUUGUGUGUCAGUGACAAACACCAGGCCACUACAGCUGAUCAUUUCAAAAGUGAAACAGUUCAGGGGCUCCUCAAGCUUCACAAGGACAUCCCAGUGGACGGUGGAGCAGCUCCGACAGGUCAACGGCAUCAACCCCAACAAGGACAUUCCAGAGUUUGACCUAGUGUUUGUUAACACAGUGGAUCAGUGGGUGGCCAGCUCUGCAGCAGAGAAGUGUAUUCUCAUCCAGAUACUAUAUAGUGCCUGCCAGACCUACUGGAAGGGGAAGGCAGGAAGUCUGGUAAAGGUGAAUCGCCAGGGUACCCUUCCGGUUGUGGAGGCUGGUCACAGUGACUCCUCCCCUUCAUCUAGAACACGGCAAGUUCGACGGAAGAGCCUGGUUGUAUCCAAACCACCAGAGUUCAUCAACUGCCCGUCCAAACUCACAAGAGAUAUGUCAGACGCCACUACCAUGAACCUGUUCAUCUACCGCUGCAAAGCCUUCAUGAAUCAUUUGAAGAACAAGAUAGUUGCAAACCAAAGACGCUUACCGAGUAAAGGUCAGACUGAAGAGCGGGCGACAAGGAGCCCUAUGGGUAAUAUAGUCCAUCGGAUGAACGUGGCUGUGGGCGAGCGCGGGGACAGACUGACUACAGCUGAAGACAAGACUCUGGGGCUGGUGCACGCUGCCCAUCAGCUUGCAGACAAUGCUCACAAGAGAGCAUUAAAAUCCACGAAGUAGAAACGUACAAGAGAGUAAGCGGGUGAUGUCACUGCAUGCUCCAAACUGCUCCCUCAAUGAAUAUUUCUAGAAGAGGAUCACCUGUCAUGGAUUUCUUCUCCUGGGCGGUGAAACGUUAACCUUUGAUGGUCCCUUGAUGCACACAAACCCUCUUUUCAUAGGAUUUGCACAAUACUGUACAUGAAAAUACACACAUGUACAUGGUGAUGAAGUCUAUUUGAUUUGUUCAACCGAAGCACUUUUGCAUUAAUUUAAUCUAAUAAUUGUGUUGUUGUUGUCGUGUUGUACGGUGUCCACGUUGUGUCUUUAUCCAUGUCCUCGUCAUGCUCACCAAAGUGUCCAACAUUGUCCGUCUAUGUCAUUUAUGUCUACAGUAAGACUGAAGAUGCGCCAGGUAUACGUCGCUUAGAUACCAUUUACAAUUUUUACACUAAGGGGGUAAACAUAUCAAAAGUAUUAUUCAGUAAUACUAAUGAUUUUAAACAACAUCAUUUACUACCGUGCACAAUUCAACAUUUCCGAAAAGGAGUAGAAAGAGGGAGCGUUAAUUUAAUCCUCACCCCCUUCUCCGCUUUUUACUAGUACUGUGACUGUGACUAAAUAGAUAUUAGUACCAGUGUAGUAUCUUCCAUUUAUAUUUCAAGUUUUUUUGAGUCAUCUUUGAUUUUCUUGGCAGGAAGUGUUUCAGUUGUUUUGAAGUGAAUUAAUUGACUCAUAUUAUGUUUUGCAUAUGGUGAAUGUUUCUAUUCAUCUUGGAGAAAGUAAACCACCAAGUUUAAUUAAACAGUGGUAUUUCGGUUUGAGCACAUAAUAAAACAAGGCCCCUUAGUUUGACAUUCGCAGGUGAAUUGGAUUACUUCUCAUAGGAAAAGAGGCCCUAAUUGGGACUUCGGAAUGCAAAAGUGAUAGCCCUAUCCUUGAGAAGAGACUACCUGUCUAGCUCAACGCCAACAUUUAAGUUAUGACUUAAAGCAGUUGUUUUCCAGACACUUACACACGAACAUCUCCUUUUAAGGUCAGGAUGUCUUAGCACCCACACACAGAGACAGAAAGAAGGAAUAUAAAACUGAUGGUUUGGCUUCUCCAAGUUAGUCAUUUUCUUGACCUGACCUCGUCCAAGAACUGCAGUCCUGUAUAAUGACGCUCGCUUGUAAUAAAGCAACUUUUGGUUCAGUAAAGUGUCUCCGACGUCUCUUUUGAUCCAGCCACACUGGCGUGUCAUCCUUCUGUCCGGACGAGGAUGACAAGACCAGAAAUACACAUCAGUUUCAUUUAGACAACAUGAAAAACCCAAAGCAUUUGUAAUAAAUGUGUGAAAUACCUUGUUUUGUUGCAAAUAAACCAAUAAAGUCGGGUUGCAUCAUUCAAAGUGUGUUUCAAGUUGAAGUACAUCACUAUGACUGUGUAUGCAUGUUAAAUAACAUCUUGCAUUGCUGCUACUCCUGCUUUGAAUAAACAAUA